UCAAUUUGGGAUUUAUUAGAAUCUUGACUGAAGUUCCCUAGUCCUAACCUUGGAAAAACCCCAUAACCUAUAGUGCAAAACCCUAGCUGAUCCCUUGCACACCAACAAAUAAAUCUGAUCGAUGUCUGCAUUAUCUCGGCAUUGCGCUCGAUUAAAUUCUGUGAUUUCGAGUUCGAGGACUAAUCGCCGGCUUUUCUCGACCGCCGCCAAUGAUACCCCGAGAGAUUCCAUCAUCUCAGCAUCUGUCCUCGCAGAGCAGACACCGCAGCCUCCGAGCGGUCCGACGCCGGCAGCCGAGUCGCCGAAGAGCUCCUGGGGCUUUCUCAAGUACGGUCUCGUUGCCGCCUUGACCGGUGGUAUCGCCACGUCCGGCUACGCCACAUAUGCCUACACAACCGAUGAAGUUGAUGAGAAGACAAAGAGCUUUCGUGCAUCUGCAAAGUACACUGUUACCGAUGAUGCGACUUCUCUAGAUAAAUUCCAAGCUUAUCUACGUGCUGCAGCAAUGUCAGGUCCUGCCAAAUUAGUUGAAGUUUACCUUGAUUUGAGGAGGUUGGCUGAAGAACACAUUAAGGGUUUCACGGAACCAACAUCAGAUAAGCUUCUCCCUGAUUUGCACCCUUUGGAGCAACAUAUUUUCACCCUUGUUCUAGAUUUGAAUGAGACAUUGAUAUACUCUGAUUGGAAGCGUGACCGAGGGUGGAGAACAUUUAAGAGGCCUGGUGUUGAUGCUUUUCUUGAGUAUUUAGCUCAAUUUUACGAAAUUAUAGUCUACUCUGACCAAUUAAAUAUGUAUGUGGAUCCUGUUGUUGAAAGAUUGGAUACAAAACACUGUAUCCGGUAUAGGCUUUCAAGGGGUGAAACAAAAUAUGUUAAUGGCAAGCACUAUAGGGAUCUGUCGAUGUUGAAUCGGGAUCCUGCAAAGGUUAUAUAUAUUAGUGGUCAUGCUCUAGAAAGUAGCCUUCAGCCUGAAAACUCUGUUCAAGUAAAACCGUGGCAAGGAGAACAGGACGAUACUGCACUUCUAGAUCUCAUUCCAUUUCUUGAAUAUGUUGCUAAGCACAGACCAGCUGACAUCAGAACUGUUCUAGCCUCGUACCAAGGGCGUGAUAUUGCCAAAGAGUUCAUUGAACGAUCCAAGGAACAUCAAAGGCGUAUGCAAGAGCAGAAACAACAGGGGCGUUUAUGGAAACGAUAGAUUGAAGAGAAUGGUUGGAUUCUGACUAAGCAAAUAUUUUUUGAGGUGUUCAACUCGGUUGACAGAAACCAGUUUUUCUCAUCCGAAUGAAUAUGUUUGUGUUGAAAAUGAAACUAUGGAAGUCAUUUGACAUUUUGAACUUAAUAUUUCCUUGUCUCCUGCUCUAGCUGCAUUUUUUCUUCUUUUAUCUAGGUUGGAGAAAAAAUAAACAAAAGAAAAAGUUCCAAGGAUUUCUUCUUUUUUGUGAGCUCUAGUUCAGGUAUAGAAGCAGGGGUUGUUGCUGUAUUGUAGUUCUCGAUUUUAUGUUCAACAUUCUUUAGGAUUGACUAAUUACUCAGUACAUUUAAGGACUAUCGAAAUUUGAAACCAUUUUCAGCC